AUGUACUCGCUGUUUCUGCUGAGUUGCCUUCUCAACACUGUAUAUGAAACUAGAGAAGAACUGUUCUUGGGAACAUGCGACAGUAGAGGUGUUGGCGGAGUUGGCGUCCACGUCAGCACGAGUAUGGUAAAGAGCAUCGACUCUUUCGAAGAACUUACGACCCGAAUCGGACGACUGCGGAUGAGAAGAUGUGGUCCAACACCAGCUUUGACUAUCUUCGUCGCUUACGCUCCAACAUCAAGCUACGAAGAAGAAGUCGAAGCCUUCUAG